CGACAUGAUUAUCGGUAUCGAAAUCGACGAACCAGCCUACAUCAACCACCCCGUGCUGGGCUCCAAAUGCCAAUCCUUCUGCCAAUGGACUUUUGCCGCGAAACCCCGUCUCCCAGUAAUGAUGCGGCUAAUUGAAAACAUCCAAGAAUGGCUGCAAGAGCUCUCGCACAAAAAAGGCGUCCCCAUCUCAAAACUAGAACUAGACUUCAACGAAGUGAUCAGCGGGACCGGACCCUCGGCAUUCACCACAGCCGUGCUGGAGCAAAUGACGGCCCAAAACAAGGGCAAGAAAAUAACAUGGGAUCUCUUCCACAACCUCGCCGAGUCCCGGCUCGUGAGCGGCAUCCUCGUGUUGAACGUCGAAGCGUUCGCCGCGGGCCAAGGGCACUCGGAUUCCGGGAACCACGAUUCGCGCGGCGCGCUCGCGAAGCAUCACUACCACGCUUCUGGAUGGCCGGUGCUGCACCCGCGCCGCAAUCACCCCAUGUACGGGGAAGUCGAGAAGUGCAAUUGGAAGACCGAGUGUGUGGCCGAGUGGGAUAAAAAUGUUGCAGAGUGGGACACGCUUUCGAAGGAGGAGCAGGAGAAACGACUUGCGGCGAAACCUCAGCCUCCCAAUGGGGGUAUCCAACUGCAUUAG